AUGGAUAGCUCAGACUUUCAGAAGAAGAUAGAUGAACAAAUUAGGAAUGAAGUAAAAGAAGGAGAAGGCAAUGGCGAGCAGGAUGAAAAACCAGGAGGAGGAAGUAAGAAUCAUGGAGGAGAAGGUGAGUUAACAGGUGAUGAUCAAAACAGUGAAACCCAAGGAGAAGGUCAGAUGGAAAAUCAAGAGGAAGAGGUACAGAAAGGAGGCAAGCAGAAAGCAAAAACACCGGCAACCCAACAAUCAAAAAGGAAGAACGGUCAACCUCCCGAAAACUCGCAAACCGUGGGACCAGUAAGAAUCAAGAAGCCAAAAAACCAACCUAAUCAGAAAGAACACUCGACUUCUGAUGUCAACCACACGCAAGACCAACUAGGAUUGUCGAUGCCCAACUCGGGGCUGUCCCAAAAUCCUCCCAAUCCAAGAAACACUCAACAAACCCCCGCCAACGUUCAGCAAACCUCCGCUCAGUUAUACACCGCCGCAGAAAAUUGA